GUGCAAUCCAAACAAAAACAGUCAGUUGCGCCAGAAAAUCGGGCCAAUUCCAACUUUACUUCACCUUCAGUAGAUGCUUUGCCUGCUGAGAGCUGCUAACAGGCUUAAGUGGGUGACAUCUGUCGCACAACCGCGACGUUUCUUUUUGCUCGUCAACUCCCAACCUUCGACCUCACUUCUCCAUCAAUUCGAAGACGAUAUGUCGGCCAAGAAACGAGGGGCCGAGGUGGCUCGGGGAGGAGUACAACUUAAGACGCCCAAGGGCACAGUGGAUAGCUUUGGCAAGGAGGUGAUCUUGCGCGAACAGGUCACUUCAAAGAUUAGCGACAUCUUCAGACGUCACGGCGGCAAUCCUCUAGAUACACCAGUUUUCGAACUGAAAGAAAUUCUCACAGGAAAAUAUGGCGAGGAUGCGAAACUCAUAUACGAUCUGCAAGACCAAGGAGGUGAAGCCUGCGCUUUACGGUUUGACCUUACCGUCCCUCUGGCUCGUUGGGUGGCUAUGAACAAUGUUACCCAGGUCAAGCGAUAUCACAUUGGAAAUGUCUACCGCAGAGAUCAACCAGCUAUCGCAAGAGGCCGUUUGCGUGCUUUUCAACAAGCUGACUUCGACAUUGUUGGACAGUACGACCCGAUGAUCGCCGACUCCGAGAUUCUUCGCAUUAUUGUCGAAGUAUUCAAAUCCCUUGAAAUCAACAUAAACAUCAAGAUGAACCACAGGCGGAUUCUGGACGGACUUUUCGUGGUUGCUGGUGUACCAGAAGAGAAAGUUCGAGCUAUCAGCUCAGCGGUGGACAAGCUGGAUAAACUUCCCUGGGCCGAAGUGAAGAAGGAAAUGGUUGGCGAGAAGGGCCUCCCCGAAGAAGUCGCAGACCGGAUUGGAGAAUACGUUCAACACAGCGGCAACAUAGACAAGAUGCUACAGUACCUCCGGGCUGAUGCUACUCUAUGCGCGAAUGAGAGCGUUAAAGAAGGACUCGCUGAUAUGGAACUACUGGCAACAUAUUUGCAAGCAUACGGCAUCACCGACAGAGUCAUCUUUGAUUUUGCACUCGCUCGAGGUCUGGAUUACUACACUGGUCUGAUAUACGAAAUUAUCUUCCAACCCACCGCCGCAGAAGCUGCAACUAUACAGGUCGGCAGCAUUGGAGCAGGUGGACGUUACGACAAUUUGGUUGGAAUGUACGGCCGGCGGACUGCCCCAUGUGUCGGCAUCUCAUUCGGUGUAGACCGUAUCUUGUCCAUCCUAAAGGCUCAGCGCACCAGCGAAUCCCAAUUACAGACCGAACCUGUCGAGGUAUAUGUCAUGGCAUUUGGAUCUAAAGACUUUGGCGGACUUCUACCCGAACGGAUGGCGGUGACAGCACAACUCUGGGACGGUGGCAUCCGCGCGGAAUUCAUGUCGAAAGUGAAGCCAAAGUUACCGAAUCAAUUCAAGGCAGCGGUCGACGUGCCAAUAGCCGUCAUAUUAGGCGAAGACGAAUUGAAAGAGGGCAAGGUCAGAGUAAAGGCCUUAGGAUUACCAGAUGGCCACCCAGAGAAAGAAGGCGUGUUGAUCCAGAAGUCGGAGUUGGUGGCUGAGGUACAGAAGCGGCUGGCGAGGUAACAAAGCGAAUGGUGCAUUCGAAGCGAAGCGUUUUGUUGUUAGGCUGAGGAUAUAAACCUUACCAUGUUUAUGAUAGGCCAAGAAAGAGAAACUUGGGCCCUUCUCAAUAAAGUAAAAGCCUAGCUUUGAUGGCAAAAUUACAAUGAUCAUUCAAUAAGCUCUUUUUGCAUGCUUCUUGCUAUUCUGGUAAGGAUUUUGCAAGGGUU